UUUAAAAACAGAAUAAAAUUUGAAUAGAUAGAUAUUUCAAUUGGUAUUGGACAUUUACACCUUUCUGGUCACUAUGUCCUAUCCAUUUUAAUGGACUUCAGAGAAUUACAGACUUAUUAAAACUAUAAUAUAUAUAUUUCUUUACAGUUAUAUUUUAUUUUGUAUUCUGUAAAGCACUUUUUAACUACGUUUUUCAAAGCGGUAAAUAAUAUCAUUAUUAUUAUUACAUGGUUCAGUAAAGGUUCACUAUGCAAUCAACCUCAGUAGAAUACCACCAUCUAGUGGCAAGAAAUAUAUUUAUUAUGACGUACACCAGCUGUCAUGUGCUCUUUCAUUUCCUCCUGCUCUCACUUUGAGGACAAAACCAGUACGGGGUUAUCUGUGGAACUAUUGCUCAUCGUGAGAAAAUGGUCUAUCCGUCGGAUUAUUUGCCCCACUUUCAACCACGAGAUGGUGAUAAUCUACACACUCAGGAGAGCGGUGAUGCAGGUCUUUCUUCUGACAUGGUGCACAAGUUCUGUUACAAGUAUGAAGAAAGUGCCCUGCCUGUAACUGACACAGGGAGUUGUGUGAGGCCCAUUCUUCACAUGAAGCAGUUCCCCAUGAUGGCAAAAAGCAAGCCACACCCAUACCCGCCUGAGUCAAGACCUAUGACAGAGGGAUUCUUAAUCAAGUCCAGUUUGACUGGGAUGCAAAGUGGGCCGCAAAAUAACUUCAAUUGCCAGACAUACACAGAUCGUGACGAUAAUAGCAAGGGAGAGGAAGUAUUCAAGCCUUUACCCGGAACAUCAGCCAUUACAGAGGCACUCAUGGAAGAUGUAGGAAAUAAGGGUAACAUCAUGGAUGCCAACACAGAUGCCAAAGAAAACCCAGGAAGCGCUGCACCAGUGGAAGAAGUGACGGCCCAAAACCGCUACAAGAAAAGAGCUGUUGGGAAAAAAUGGAAAGUUUACAAUCUCUGUGUGGUGGCAGUUCUAAUCAUAAACUUUCCUGCCUGUAAUGGAUCUAAUGGUACACUGUAAUUGUAUGGUAAUUACCAGAAAAACAAAUAUUUUUCCAUUUUACAUCGUGGGUAUGCCUUACUUUUUAGGGUGUGUAUUGCGGGGUGACUUACAACAAUGUUAUAAAAUGGAAUACUAAGAAUUAUUCUAGGUCCCAUCAGAAUAUGUAAUUUUAACUUGCAUGCAUUUACACCUGAAA